GCUGAACACUCACUUGAUCCAAAAUGCGUGUCGUGGCCCUGAUUCCCCUCGCCGUCGUGGCACUCCUGCCCUUCGCGGAGGCCAUCAUCCUGCUGGAGACCUCCGCCGCCACCGCCGCCACCACCUACGGCCUCACGAUCGGAAGCGGCGGCGCCGCUGCCGCUGCCGUGGCCGUGGCCGGCGCCCUGGUGCUGGGCGGCAUCGCUCUCGUCGCCGCCACCAACCGCGGCAAACGCGACGUGGGCGCCCAGUGCCUCCCCGCCAACAACCCCGACCUGUUCAUCACCCUCGCCGCCAACUCCGACCGCUUCGGCUGCGGCCUCCGCCUCGUGUGCGAGCUCGAGGCCACUCCCGACGAGCAGCUCAGCCAGGACGAGAAGCUCAUCCUCAGCCUCUUCGGCCGCCACGUGAAGCCCGCCACCUUCUCCCAGCUGAACACCCCCAAGUCCGGCUUCCUGUACGCGGCCUUCGUCGGGAGCAACGCCAAGAACGUGAGUGAGUGCGCCGAGGUGUUCGACCAGUGCGUGUUCGACCGCGAGACCAUCAUGAAGGCUUUCAAUGCCCAGAAGUAAGGUUGGAGUGCCAGGCGGGGUGAGUGCCAAGUCGUGGCUCUUACGCUCCGGACUCUCGAGAACCCAAGGGCGUCGCGGAGAAGAUUGGACUCGAAAGAAGAGGAUUAAUAUAAGCUCUUCUGAUGGAGGUUCUUGGGCCUGAUUCGCCGGUCAUCAGCUCUGCGUUGGGACGGCGGUUGUAAGCUUUCAUUUUUGCUCAGGAUUUCAUGAUGUUUACUAGUCGUGUAGAUUUAUUCAUACAUGAGAUGUUUUUUUAUAUAUAUAUUUUGCAGAAAAUAAUAAAAUGA